AUGUCUUCUCUCUCUCGUCGUGCUUGCUACAAGUGUGGCAACGUCGGCCACUAUGCCGAGGUCUGCUCCUCUUCUGAGCGCCUUUGCUACAACUGCAAGCAGCCUGGCCACGAGUCCAACGGCUGCCCUCUUCCUCGUACUACCGAGGCCAAGCAGUGCUACCACUGCCAGGGGCUUGGUCACGUCCAGGCCGACUGCCCUACCCUGCGCCUGAGCGGUAAUGCCACCUCUGGCCGCUGCUACAGCUGUGGUCAGCCUGGCCAUCUGGCUCGCGCUUGCCCUAACCCCGUCGGUCCCGCCGCCAUGGGCCGUGGUGCCCCUAUGGGCGGCCGCGGCGGCUUUGCCGGCAACUUCGGCCGUGGCGGCUUCGCCGGUGGUCCUCGCCCUGCUACCUGCUACAAGUGCGGCGGCCCCAACCACUUCGCUCGCGACUGCCAGGCUCAGGCUAUGAAAUGCUACGCGUGCGGCAAGCUCGGCCACAUUUCCCGCGACUGCACGGCCCCGAACGGCGGCCCCCUCAACACGGCUGGCAAGACCUGUUACCAGUGUGGCGAGGCCGGUCACAUUUCCCGCGAUUGCCCUCAGAAAGCCGCCGUCGCCCCUGAGAUCAACAAUGAGGUUGACAUGACCAACGUCGCUGCCGCUCCCGUUGCUCCUAUCCCUCCCGUGGCGUAG